GACGCACUCAUCCCCUGUUGUCUUUUCAUCGUCUUUCCUCUCCGUUUUCUGUGUUUGUUGGAUCUCUUUUUGCCAAUCAGUUUCAGUUCGAAAGACUGGCUGCGACGUCAUCCCACCGUCCUCAUUAGCCUCUUUUUUUAAAUUGCAAUAUUUGGGGGGUGGCGGCUCGUGGCAGCAAAACAAAAAAGACUCGUGUGAUUAUUUUGUUUGGUUUUUAACGCUCAGCUAGUGGUCGUGGCUCUUCAAAACUUUAAUUAAAACAGAACGAGAGUGUGCUAUUGGUUUCUAUUUAUUCUCAACGACAACAUUUUCUUGCUUCCUCCUUUAUUUCGUACAGUGAAAGAAAAACUAAAAAGGACUAAGAUUCGCAAGGAGACGUCCACAUAUUUUCAAACGAUCCGGAACAACAUGUUGAGCCCCACUGCUGGUCGUCGGAGGCAGCAGCUGGUCGUUCUGUUUGUCAUCGACACGAAGUUGACGGUGUCUACCUUGAAACUUGAACGUUGACUGAGCAUGUUUUUUACUGUUGUGUACUUGGUGCUUUCAAUUUUGUGAUGACGAUGGAAGCCUCUAUCGUCGUCAUCCUCUUACUAGCUACCAUUCACGGUUGUCACGGUGGCCCCAAUGAGAAGAGAUUGCUCAGUAACCUGCUAGACAAGUACAACACACUGGAACGACCCGUUUCUAAUGAGUCGGAGCCAGUCGUCGUCAGUUUUGGACUAACCCUAAUGCAGAUUAUUGACGUGGAUGAAAAAAAUCAAAUUCUAACGACGAACGCCUGGCUUAAUUUGGAUUGGAGGGAUCAAAAUCUGAUAUGGAACCCGGCGAACUACAGUGGCGUAAAGGACGUCCGCAUCCCACCCAACCGCAUCUGGAAGCCCGACAUCCUUCUCUACAACAGCGCUCACGAGGGUUUCGACAACACAUUUCAAACCAACGUUGUUGUGCGGCACAAUGGCAGCUGCAACUACAUCCCGCCGGGCAUCUUCAAAAGCACUUGUAAAAUCGAUAUCACCUGGUUUCCCUUCGAUGACCAACAGUGUAAAAUGAAAUUCGGUAGCUGGACUUACGACGGUUUCAUGUUGGAUCUGGUGGAGAAGUCGACGGACGGCGGUGAUAUUAGUGGUUUCAUCACCAACGGCGAAUGGGACUUGAUCGGCGUACCUAGCAACCGCACAGUUGAAUACUACACAUGCUGCCCGGAGCCUUACGUAGACAUCACAUUCACCAUACACAUCAGGCGGCGGACACUUUACUACUUUUUCAACCUUAUCGUUCCCUCCGUGCUCAUUUCUUCCAUGGCGCUUCUCGGCUUCACCCUUCCCCCGGAUUCGGGAGAGAAGCUCACUUUAGGAGUUACCAUUUUGCUGUCUUUGACGGUAUUUCUCAACCUGGUUGCCGAAACGCUGCCCCAAGUUUCCGACGCCAUUCCGCUUCUAGGCACUUAUUUCAAUUGCAUCAUGUUCAUGGUGGCAUCUUCCGUCGUCCUGACCGUCGUCGUCCUCAACUAUCACCAUAGGCGGGCGGAAAUGCACGAAAUGCCUCCAUGGGUACGAACAUUGUUCUUGCUGUGGCUGCCUUGGAUACUACGAAUGAGCCGGCCGGGCAAGAAAGUGACGCGCAAAACGAUCCUGAUGAACAGCCGAAUUAAAGAAAUGGAAUUAAAGGAGCGAUCGUCGCGCAGUCUGCUGGCCAACGUCCUGGACAUGGACGACGACUUUCGCAGCGCGUCGGGCAUCUCUUACGCGCCCACGUACAACAGCAAUCUGACGAACCGUUACAGCAGCGGCGGUGGCGUAGGAUCGGGAUUAGGAGGCGUAGGAGGAAAUGGCGGUAGAGGCGUCAUCAUCGGUGGCCCUGCUGGCGGAGGAGUUGGUCCAGGAAAUAGCUCAACAUUACCCCAUUUCCCGACUUCGGGCUCCUAUCACCAGCAGCAGGCGUCCGUCGGCCAGCAACAGUCAUCGGUGCAUCUCGUCGAGUCGUCGCUCAUUCACGGCAACAUGAUCUCGGCCAACGCGCAAUCUUCAACGUUCGGAAGUCGGGCAGGAGGGUUCGCCAUCGACGAGGACAGUCCGUCGACUCCCUACUGCAUACAGGCUCAACGGGACCUGCAGGCGAUCAUUCGGGAACUGCGCUUCAUCACUUCAAAACUGAAGAAGAAAGAGGACGAAAACGAUUUGAUUGCCGACUGGAAAUUCGCCGCCAUGGUGGUCGAUCGCAUCUGCCUCUUCAUCUUCACCAUGUUCACCAUUAUCGCCACGCUGGCCGUGCUCUUCUCCGCUCCGCACAUCAUUGUGCAAUAAAGCAAAAAGAAAAAGGGAACAUAAACGAAGAGAAAAAACAUUGAAGAUUAGAUAGACUCGAUCUCCCCCUUGCCAUCAGAGUGUUUUUGCGUCAUCGGGAUGCGCACGGGAAACUUGUUGUGGAGCGUGGGAUCCCCGUCGUCUUCUCCUUUUUUUUUUCAGCCGAUCCGGUGUCUCCAUUCCGCUCCCGCACACGCACACACACACACACAUACGCAAGUGUAUAAACACGGUUUAUAUGUGUACAGUAUACAGGGCUGUAUAUCGAUCUUCAUAUGUUGGCGUAGAGUCACGUGCGAUCCUGCUGCCGCCGCUACCGACUUGCUAAAAGGAAAAAAAAAAGUUUAGAGAAAUGAUAAAAAGAAAAACGAAUAAGGAACUUUUACUUACCGCGCGACAACCGUCGACACGACUGCCAGAAAAAGACAAAAAUUGCGUAACCAAAAAAAAAAAAACUCCAAAAAAAUGUAUAGGUGGGUUCCUGCCCCCACCGACAUGGACCUGCUCUUUUGAUAAAUGUAUUUCUAUGGUAUGCUGCGUGUAAUGCAUGUGUGUGUAUGUUGCUGCGUAUAGUAACGGCCUAGACUAGGUUUUAUAUAUAUAUAUAUAUACGACAGGCGAAUGUGACGGACAUUAAAAGCGUUUUAUAAUAGUCCUGCGAGAAAUAAACCCAAGUGGCGGGAGAGUGAAGUAAAAGAAACACGAACGCCAAACCAAUGCGAUGAUGAGGGAGUUGGAUGUCGGGCGGAAAAAAGAAAUACAUUAAAAACAAAAGGAUAGAAUAAACGAAGUAUGUCAAGCAGUUGAAGAUUGGGCAGGGCAUAUCUCACAUUUCAUGAUGUGUUUCGACUUACAGAGAGAAAACAAAACGAUCCGAGAUCGUUAGAGCCUGGACGGACAGAUUGAGAAGAAAGGAAACAGGGCAAACCAUCGCUAACCAGCACAAUCAACAACAACAA